AGGAGUGGAGGAGGCGGCUCCAGGACUACGUUGCAGCCAGAGGAAAACCGAAAUGCCCGAGUGCAAAACCCUUUCUAAAGGACCGGACGAGUCACCUGAAUCCUCCCUUAGAACCAGUUUCUAAACUGCAGCAUGUCGACAGGAACAAGAAGGAUGUCAGAAGCGUGGCGAAGGGUGACAGCGAGCUUGGUGCCAAACCCACGCAGCGGGCUGGCCACGCCGUGCAGCAGAAGCCUUCCAGCACAUCCCAGAGAGCAGCAGUGGCAUGUCCAGAGCAGCCAAGGAAAAGUGCGAAGCUUCCUACGAGCCACCCUGCACAGACCAGAGCAAGGCUCCCAACUGCAAACUCUGGUCGCCUAAAUCCAGAAAGGAACAAGGAGCCUGCACAGCACCUCACCGCAGCACCUCAGACUGGACGUGACCACCCCUCUCCUGGGACAUCUUGCUCUCCAGAUGAGGGUCUGGAGGACAGGCUGGUGUGCAACAGAGAAAAUGUCCAUGCACAAGCCUCCACAUGCACCUUGGCUCACAGGCAAAGCUCAGCCACGAUGCCAAGAACCAUCAUGGGCACAAAGGACAGAAUGAAGAGCUGCCGGGCUAAGGAAGAGCCAAUUCAGGACAAAUCUAGGAGAACCCUGCUGGGCUCAAAGAGCACGUCUCAAAACCCAAGCAUCAAAAUUCAGCUGCUGCAGUCCCCUUGGCCACUCACUGCAUCUACUCAUUUGCUACGUAAAAACCCAGGGGCAAAACCUACCCCGGGGCAGCCGCUCUGCGCGCUGCCAGUGGGAAGUCUUCAGCACCAGAGUAGACCCCCCCAAAUGAAAAGGUCUCCCACAAAGCCCCCGGCCUCAAGCAGGCCCUGGGGCUCCACAAACCUCAAUGCCAGCCUGAAGCCGGGGGGCACUGUGCAGUGGCAAAGGUCCCUGGCUAAAGGGGAGGUGGGCAGGAAGGAGGUGAAGGCGGCGCCUCCCGGGCGUGCAGCAGCAUCCCAAGGGACAGUCCCCCCAAACCAGCCUUGCAGCACACAUGGCUCCAAAACUCAAGCAACUGAAGGCAAUUUUAGGAGGAGAGAGGAGCUUAAAGCAGAGCUGUGGAAGGCAAGUGGCGUACAGGCGAGGCGUGUUCCCAAGAGCCUGUCAGCAGCAGAUCGUAAGAAGCAGCUGGAGGAGUGGUUGGCAUCCAAAGGCAAGACAUACAAGCGGCCACCUAUGAUGCUGCUUCAGAAGAAGGCAGUGAAGCUGUCCUGCAGAAACAUCAAGGAGAAAGAAAAGCUGGAGAAACCAGAGGAGGUCUGCCUGAAGAUCAACAAUGUAUUAACUGAAUGCUUGAAGCUCAUUGAAGAGGGUGUCGAGACCGAGGACAUCUCGGAGGUGCUGUCCCACGUGCCCCAGGCAGAGAAAUUUGCCAACUUCUGGAUCUGCAAAGCAAAACUGCUCGCCCGGAGCGGCCCCUUUGACGCGGCAGAGCUGUACAGAGCCGCGGUGUGCGCGGGUGCUGUGCCGCUGCAGGAGCUCAGAGAAGUUGUCCUCGAUAUUCUGAAGGCUGCAGACCAAACACCAGAAGGGGAAAAGGCUGAGCCAAAUCCUGCAGAGCCCACAACGCCGAGCCCAAGCAAGAGGCAGCACGUGGCGGUGACUCCCUACCUGCCAGGCAGGACCCUGACCAGCCUGCCUGCUUCAGUCAAGUUACAGGUUACCUCUGCACCCAGAGGAAGGGAGCUGCUGGAAGGCCCAGAGCUGAAGUUUCUGACGCCUGUGCGGCGCUCGCUGCGCAUCGAGCGGGUUGGGAGCCGCUACCCAGAGAUGCUGAAGGACCAUGACCCUGUGGUGUCAUCCCUCAGUGAAAUCCUGGAUGCUGAGGAGGAGACUCAAUUCUUCUUCCGGAAAAACAAGGCUUUGCCGGAGGUGGCGGAGCUGGAGGGGCUGAGUUUGUAUUCCCCUGAGUGCUGCUGA